AGUGCAGUGUACUUUAUAAAGAGCUGCUCCCAGUUAAUGUUCAGUUGAUCACCUGCCGAUCCAAGAUGAAGCUGAUCCUGACUAUCUCCAUUAUCUGGGCUUUUCUCCUCACAGCCCCCACUACUGGCCCGGUGACAACCCUAGCUCGCACCAUUGGUGCGCCAACUAUUACAGCCUCGGGUACUGACCUGGUGACUACCACGGCCUCCACUACUGGUCUGGUGACUACCACAGCCCCCACUAAUGGUCCUGUGAUCACCCAAGCUUCCACUAUUGGUGCAACAACUACCACGGUCUCCACUACUAGUCUGGUGACUACCACAGCCCCCACAAACGGUUCGGUGACCACCACAGUUAUCAAAGACCCCACUGCUAGUCUGGGGACUACACCAGCCACCACUACGGGUGUGACCAGCAAAGCCCCCACUACUGAUCCGGUGACCACCACAGCUCCCACUUCUGGUCCGGUAACCACCACAGCCCCCACUACUGGUCUGAUGUCUACCACAGCCCCCACUAAUGGUUCAGUGAUCACCCAAACUCCCACUAUUGGUGCGCCAACUACCUCAGCCUCCACUACAGAUCUGGUGACUACCCAAGCCCCCACUACUGAUCCGGUGAACACAACAGCCCCCACUUCUGGUCCGGUAACAACCACAACCCCUACUACUGGUCCUGUGAUCACCCAAGCUUCCAUUAUUGGUGCAACAACUACCACGGUCUCCACUACUAGUCUGGUGACUACCACAGCCCCCACAAACGGUUCGGUGACCACCACAGUUAUCAAAGACCCCACUGCUAGUCUGGGGACUACACCAGCCAACACUACGGGUGUGACCAGCAAAGCCCCCACUACUGAUCCGGUGACCACCACAGCCCCCACUUCUGGUCCGGUAACCACCACAGCCCCCACUACUGGU